CUGGUUCCCCUUGUGACGCUUGUUACCAGGUAAACGGAAAGGUAGUUCCACUAAUGAGACAGCACUAUGUGAUGCAAGUCAUCGAAGGAACGGGAUCUGAAUCGAGCGCAUGAUUUCAGAAAUGUGUCAUCCAAGACUCACCUAGAAUUUGCAGAAGAAAGCUAUCUCAGGUCUGGUCCUCACCUGGGUGAAACAAAAGCCUGUGUUGAAGUUGAAGCCGUGGAAAUGGACCAAGUGUCCAGAACAGGGAUUGGAAGUGAUUUCACAGACGAGACUGCAUCUAUAGGGGAUUUCAGAUCGAGCUCCGAUGAAGAUGAGGUGUCCGAUCCUCAGGGGCAGUGUCUAGCAUCUCCCCAGGUCCCGCCCCCUACCUACAAACAGAGGUCUGAUGAAUUCAAGAAGCUCUUCAAAGAGCUGCAGGAGUCAGAACGACUUAUAUUGGACUACCCGUGCGCCCUGCAGAGAGACAUUCUACUGCAAGGACGGCUUUACCUGUCUGAGAACUGCCUCUGCUUCUACAGCAAUGUGUUCAGGGGAACAAAGAUCAUGUUAACUCUGAGGGACAUAACCUCCAUGAGCAGAGAGAAGACAGCCAGACUCAUUCCUAACGCCAUCCAGGUCUGCACCGAGACAGAAAAGCUCUUCUUUACCUCCUUUUCAGCAAGAGAGAAAAGUUACCAGGGUGUGUUCCGCAUGUGGCAGAACACUCUGAUGGACAAGCCCCUGACGAGUGGAGAACUGUGGCAGAUGGUAAAGCAGCACUAUGGAAAUGAUCUUGGCCUGAGCCAUGAAGAGAUGGACAGCCUACAAGUAGCGUCAGAAUCAACACCACAGCAUAGCCUAACCAUGAGACCGAGUGUGGAGGAGAACUUCUGCAGUCUGGAGAGAAUGCCCUCCGUACGUCUACAUCAGGUGGAGCAGGAGCCCGUCCAGACAUCCACCCCCCAGGGAGAGGACAUGCCCUUCCCCCUCACCCUAAGCCCCAACUCUGGCAGCAUGCAGGAAGACUCUCGUGGGACCAGCCCUUCCCAUCAACGCAGCCGCAGUCCGGCGCUAAACAGGCUCGCUCCAGAAAGGGUCUCCAAGCGCUCCUCCCUCUCUUUGGACCUCAAUGCCAACCUCGACGGCUUAUCUGAGCAAAGCGGGUCAGAGAGUGGUCCUGAGGAGGACCUUGUAGAGGAGCGAGCGUGUGUGACGCAGGAGCAGGGCCGGAUGUACGUGAACCGGGUCUUCCACUUCAGCGCUGAGAAGAUGUUCGAGCUGCUCUUCUCAGACUCUCCAUUCAUGCGCAGGUUCAUGAAGGCCAGGAAGAUCACGAAUUCAAGGCUAAACCCGUGGGAGCGAGAAGCCUCUGGUGCCAUGAAGAGGAACCUCAACUACACCAUCACCAUCAACAACCCUCUGAUUGGAAAGUUCUCCACCGCCACAGAGAACCAGACCCUUUACAAAGAGUCCAGGGAGGGCCAUUACUAUCUGGUCAAUGCCGAGGUCUACACGCAUGACGUGCCAUACCACGACUACUUCUACACACAGAAUCGAUACUGUAUCAUUCGCAACUCCAAGCUGGAGUGUCGUCUGAGGAUCGACACCGAUGUGAAGUACAGGAAGGAACCGUGGAGUUUGGUUAAGUCUUUCAUCACCAAAAACUCCUGGAGUGGUCUGGAAGAUUACUUUAAACACCUGGAGUCGGAGCUGCUGAAGGAGGAUGCGGAGCUGAACCAGGCCGGGGGGGAUGCUGGGAAGGCUGGAGGUCUCCGGCGGAGGCGGCGGGCAUACAGCCGGACCCUGCCCGGGCACAUGAAGCCCAGCAAGCAGUACGGGAUGGACCCUAAUCACCACAGAGAAGGGGGCAUGGGGCCGAUGGAUAUAAAGGAUCAACAAAGGUGGAACAUUACCACCAUUGUUGCUGGGAUGAGUGUCAUCCUGCUGAUUCUGACGGUACUGAACCUGGGGCUGUUCUUCAAGCUGUGGGCCAUGGAGGACGUGGCUCACCGCAUGUUCCUCAGCACCAAGAACCGUCUGAGGGAGAGGAGCGAGGCCAGUUUGGCUCCAGACUUUGGCGCCAGGCCGCCCACUCCUCACAGGACGAAAGAGGAGAACCAGCUGAUGAAAGCCGUCUUACAGGACUCUAUCAACCUGUUGGAACAGCUCCGCGGCUCCCUAGUCCUACUCCAGCAGAACUUUGCCUUAGCCAACAGAACGGCAACACCCCCACAGUGACACCAGCGCACCUUGUGGUCACAGGACACCAUUUUUGACUGAGGUGUGCCUCCGGGGGCUAUACCUAAAAGACUCUCUAGGAACAGACUCCUGGGAAGUUGUCGUAGCCUUGUCUUCAGCAUCACAGCGACAACAUCCUGUCACUAAGGCCUGAGAGUCCCAGGGCCUUUGGUCCUCUGGUACCAGGUGUUUGUGGAUGUUUUCAAAUGCUCUGACUGCCGGCGUUGUUGCCAUGUAAGGUGAAGGUUCCAGAACCAUUUCCAACAUGGAGGAAUGAUGGGUGGAGAAUUAUUUUGUCAUGUCGGUUCAGAUAAGUUAUAUUAUGUUCACAGUUAUGUUUUUCCCUUAUAUGUGGAUACUGGAUUCUCCUAUGCUGUCUGAGAUGGUAAUCUGCUAUAGGCCUCUCAACUAGUGAGCGUGCAAAGGGCAGUUAAAACAUUUUUCUCUGGAGCUAAGGUGAGGACCUAUAAAAUGUGUACAAACUUGUAGAAAAUUACUAUUUAAUUUAUAAUUUUUUAAUUUGACAUUUUGCACAAUUUGCUUUCUUAUUGUCAGAAUGAAUUUCUAUUUCAUUUUGGUAACCGCGUGUGGAUUUCUUCUACUUUUGUAGAAAAUGUAAAUGUAUUUUUAUUACAUUUUUCCUUCUACAGACUUGUAGAAGAAGUCUACAAAACCACAAACCAGACUGUAUCUGGUUUGUGGUUUUGCAGCUUGUUUGUGAUGAACAUUAGACCAUUUGAAUAUUUAAAAAAAACAUUCUCAGGAGCCUUUCAGCCAGGUUGAGUUAGUAAUUUUUUAUAAGGUUUUAUUUGAAGAUUUUAAUAAGGUUUUAUUUGAAGAUUUUAGAUCAGUAACAGAGUUGUACGUUAUAAUGCAAUCCAAAACAGUGUAACACCACACAUUAGUGUCAAGGCAAGCCACGGUUCAUCUUAGAAGUUAAUUCUUUUGAUCUCUGAUCUUAAAAAAAAGAGACGGUACCCUGAGGGAAGCACCUACUUCUCCUGAAACACUUAUAUAUUUAACACGGUUCGAUCGAGAAUACGUUUUGGGAGUUCUGCCUCUACACAGGUGCCUUUUUGGUUCUGUCGAUGUUGAUUUAAGAACAUGGUUGUUCAGUGUCUGUUGUCCUGUACAUCGGUUGUUUCUGUAGGUGUUGUUGGACAUUGAGUUUUCACUGUCAAUUGGGUUUUUACUGUUGCUUGUACAUUUGGCCUACGAAUAUGUAAUGUUAUGAAUAAAGAAACACUUUCUUGA